GUUUACUAUCAUUACUGUUAUCACUUUUCGUUUCACGCAUCGUCUAACCAACAGCAAAAAGAAAAGUGGAAACAAAAUACAAUGUCCAACGUUGCCGCCACUGAUGCAACGGGGCAACCUAUCAGCGCCAGCAAUCCAGAAGAGAGUGCUUUCCAUCAGCUCUUUCCACAGAUUCCAUCAAAAGAGAAGCUCGUCCAGUCUUGCAGUUGCGGGAUUAUUAGGCGAAAACUUGUCCGGAUGGGACGCAUGUACGUGACACCGCUGCGGAUUUGCUUCUCGUCUUCUUUCAUGGACGAACCGCUUAUUAUACAAUUGGAGGACGUUCUCACUUUUGAGAAAAGGUCGGGCUUUUUGUGCGACACCAUCGUAGUAACCACAAAAGGAAGAGCUGAAUAUGAUUUUACUGCUUUCCUCUCCACAGGCGUGACACAGAUGUUCAAUUUGUUGAAGACUUUGUGGUGCGUGCGCGAAAAAUAUGCAGCCGACCGCGCCAGCUCGAUUUCGACAGGCGAUAAGCCUGAUUCCACCUCUUCCGUAAGCUCCCGCUCCAACAGCGUUGGAAGCUCAGCCACUCGCCCGAGAGUACGAGAAGUGAGUGUCGCGGAAUCCCAACAAGAUGCGCGACCGAAGUCUACGAGUGUCAAGACGAAAGACAACGGAGAGCAGGAAUCUGAGUCGUCUAACGGAUCUCUAAGCUCUGUUCCGCGGCCAACAUCGCCAGGAUUGAAAGAGAGCCCCGGCCACACUAACUUCACUCUUGAGAAAGUAUUAGUAACUGCUGAAAAACGGAAACUUGCCACUUCCGAAGGCAACGACGAAGCACGCGCAAAGGCUGUGCCAGAGUUUCGCCGUUUUUUCCCUUCGAUGCCAUCAACUGAAAGUGUAAUUGACUCUUUCACAUGCUGUUACCAGUUUGGUGCCAGUCGGCUUGGGAAAAUGUGGAUCACCCAGAACUGCAUUCUCUUUGUUUCUCCAAUGAUGGAAUCAAAGCUCGAAAUCAAUUUUGAGGACGUCUCAAAAGUCGAAAAAGAGCAAAAGCUUGUUUUACUGGACGGCUUUUGUAUCCGUCUGAAAAACGGUGACUCAAAAAGCUUCUCGAAUUUCCCCAGUCGGGAUGCUGCGUUGAAAGUGGUUGAGUCGACCUUUCAGAAGUUUCACAACGCGAAAAACUCACAAAAAGAUGCAAAUGUUUGCGAUGCACCGGCGGGUCCACUCG